UAUUCCGUACUAAAAAGAAUCGUCCUUGAAGAAGAAAGAUCCAUCAUCAUCAGUCUCUGAAUGAAAUCAUGAUUGCAGAAAACAGCUCGGGGUAAAAGAAAAAAACAACAGUAAAACAGAGCUCUAACGAAAAGUAAAUAAAACAACAUCAACAUUUGAGGUAUUUGAAGAAUCAAGAUAGUAUUACUAAAAGGAUAGGGUGAUUGAUUUUCCAAUCAAACUAGGAAUAAGAAUGUAAUACUAUUGGGAUUCUAGAUGGAUUUUCAAAGAUCUGGGUCUUUUGAGUUUUAUAAAUACUUCAUGGGUUUCAACUCCGCAAAUACUAGAUAUUACUUGUGUGAUUUUUGAGGAAAGGAAUUGAUAGAAUAUGAAGAGAAAGGAAUUGAUUUGUAGGUAGUUUUUUUUAGGUGUUUGGUUUUUUUAGGUAUUUAGUGAGAGGGCCAAUGGAGGAAGAUGACUCCAACUCUUGGAUUAGGAGGGCCAAAUUCUCUCACACCAUUUGUCAUAGAAUUGAUUUCUCUUCUAGAUUACCGUUACCAAGUUCUCUCACUCCAAAUUCUACAUUGCCGAAAUUUCCAUCUGUUCCGGUGAAACUUCCAGUUGAUUUUGAUUCUGGGUCAGCAACUAAUCCUAAUUAUUCCACUACCCCAAUUCCUAAAUCAGAAGUUCUUAGUAACCCAGGUCCCAAAAUUCUUCCGGCUGAUCGGAAUGUUGGAAGAAUAUGUAGGGCUCAAUCACCUAGUACUAACCGUAAAUUGGGUUUUCUUAGUGUUCCUAGUUCCCCUAAUCCUGUAACCAUAACUACUAGGCAUAGAGCUAUGUCACCUCUCCCUAGAAUCAGCCUUUCUGAUACAUUUAAGGAAGCUCGGACUGAACUCAAGCGGUUUGCAUCUCCAUGUCUAACAAGGAAAGAUUCCGGAAAGAAAGGUAUUGGUAAGUUUUUCAGAAAGGAUUCCAGCCAGAAUAGUUUUUCGUCGUCAGAUUCUUACUCUAGUGUUAUCAAGCAUUUGUCGUCAAUGAAAAGUUCUGAUAAAAUGAAUAAGAGUCGAAAGGAGUCAACGUGGACAAAGUACUUCGAUCGUGGUGUGGGAAAGAUUACAGCUGUCGAUACUGCUGAUGAAUGGACAGUUGAUCUUUCCAAGUUAUAUGUUGGCCUUCGAUUUGCUUCAGGGGCGCAUAGCCGACUUUACCAUGGCAUGUAUAAUGAUGAACCUGUUGCUGUAAAAAUUAUUAGACAACCUGAUGAUGAUGAAAACGGAGUCAUGGCGUCUCGAUUGGAAAAACAUUUCAAAAGAGAAGUUAGUCUUCUGUCUCAUCUCCACCAUCAGAACGUAAUCAAGUUGACAGCGGCAUGUAAAAAGCCGCCGGUCUUUUGUAUUAUAACCGAGUAUCUUGCUGGGGGUUCAUUGAGGCCAUUCUUACACAAACUUGAGCGGAAAUCCUUAGCUCUGGAAAAACUAAUAGCAUAUGCCUUGGAUAUUGCUAGAGGAAUGGAAUAUGUUCACUCGCAAGGUGUAAUUCACCGGGAUCUAAAACCUGAGAAUAUCUUGUUUGAUCAAGACUUCAACUUGAAAAUCGCUGAUUUUGGAAUAGCUUGUGAGGAGGCAUAUUGUGAUUCACUUGCUGAGGAUCCAGGAACUUACCGUUGGAUGGCACCAGAGAUGAUCAAACACAAAGCUUACGGAAGGAAGGUUGACGUUUACAGCUUUGGCCUCAUCUUGUGGGAGAUGGUAGCUGGAAGUAUACCUUACGAGAACAUGACGCCUAUUCAAGCUGCUUUUGCCGUUGUGAAUAAGAAUUUGAGACCCCGUAUUCCGGAGGAUUGUCCACCUGCAUUAGGAGCUAUUAUUGAGCAAUGUUGGGCCGUGAAUGCUGACACGAGACCUGAGUUUUGGCAGAUAAUUAAGGUGUUAGAGCAGUUUGAAUUAUCGGUUGCUUGUGAUGGCACAUUGAACCUAGUUCAAAACUCAAUUUGCUGCCAGGAUCAAAAGAAAGGGCUCAAUUACUGGAUUCAGAAAUUUGGUCCUAUUAAUACCAUAAAUAGCGGCUCUCCCAUGCCCAAUAAACCUAAAUUUAUCUAACUUUGCAUCUUAGCUGCCUUGUCAGGUUGCUUAACUUGUUAUUAGAAGUAUUAUAUGUUAUUUUUUUCAUUUUCUUUCUAUUA